AUGGGAUUGCGCUCGUCCGUCCAGAGCCAGCCAGAGCCUCUCCUGUCUCCCCCCCGUCCCCCGUCCUCCUCGCUCCCGUCCCCCCCCUCCCAUCGCACCUCCCUCGCGCUGCCCUCUCGCUGCCCUCGCGCUGCCCUCCCACUCGCUGCCCUCCCACUCGCCGUCGUCCCCCCCCCCCCCUCCGGCCCUGGCCAAUCCCUGCGCUCGCUGGCCCUCGCCCUCGCCCUCGCCCCCUUCCUUCCCCUUCCAGCCCCAGCUUCCCUCCGACCCUCCUUUCUCUCCACCCGCCAUCACCGGCACAUCCCCGAUCCCCUCCCCAAUCUCAAUGAAUCUGCCCCCCUCCCCUUUCCCCCUCCCGAGCGCAUCUUAGUCCCCCGCCAUGACGCGACGUGCGCCCCGCUAGCCUCCGCCCUAGCCAGCCUCCGCCCUAGCCAGCCACCCCCGCCGCCACCACCACCACCACCACCACCACCCCUCCAACAUACUUACUUACUUGCACACACGUCGCCCGCUGACAGCUGUACGAUACCCUCCCCGUGUCUCAGAUCCCGACCCCGCCACCCCGACUCAAUUGCGCCCUCGCUCGCCCCCUCGCCCCUAGCCCGCGAUACAUACCGCCCCAGCCCCAGCUCCGCCAUCGAUCGCGGACCCCACCUCAGCGCGCCAACCAUCAUCCAACGUCCACCAUCCACCCAGCAUGCACGAUUCAUGUUCAUCUCCCCGCAGGCCCCACCACGACCCGUCGCGCUCCAUAAUACGCUGCUCGUGCAACGCCUCGAUCGCCCCCUGACUCGGUCUUACGCACACCCCGAUCCCCUCGAUCCCACCGAUUGCCAGCGAUCCACCCGCACCCAGCGCCCAUCUCCUACCCGCCCCCUACUCCAUCACCCUGCCCUCCAGCGCCUGUCCCUGUUCCUGCCCGUCUCCGUCUCCGCCUCCAUCUCCGACUCUGUCUCUGACAAGCCAACACCGGGACUGGGCCGCGUCGCACACUCGACGCCCAGCACAGCGGCCCGCAUCCCGCAUCCCGCAUCCCGCACGCUUCGCUUCGCAGAUCUGCGCUCGGCGUCUCUGCCUGCUUUCCAGCCCCAAACCGACCGCCCGGUCCUCCGCGACUCGCCGACCGACUCACCGACUGACUCGCCCGCCGAUCACCUGCAUACGCAUCUACCUGCCUACAUACGUACCUACCUCCAUACUACCCACAUUCGUACCUUCACGAAUCCACAGCCCCAGCCGCCGAUCCCUUACCGCAGACACCACACGGCAAGUCCCCUCGUUCGAGUCCCCGAGACUCCCGCCUCCCUACAUAGUCCUGCAUGCGCUCUUGUUCUGCCGCAUGCGUCCGCACAGCUUGCUCGGACGCGGGCGCGGCAUGCUCGGAGGCACGGCGGGCUCGGAGGCAUGCUCGGGCUCGCGGGCUCGCGGGCUCUCCGGCCCUGCGACGCGCUUUGGGCCGUCGCGCCCCGACGCGUCCCCGCGCUCCGCGAGCGCGAGCUCGAGCAGACUUCGAGCUCGCAAAGUCGGGGCUCGCAUAAGACGGAGCUCGCAAUGGAGAUCGUCGAUCGAUCGGCAGACAGACAGACUGACGGACCGGUGAGGGACCCCGCCCAGGCCCUCCAAAAAAGGAGCACCAGAGUAGCAGCAGCUCGUACGCCCGGACCCGUCUCGACUCUCGACUCGGCUCGGGCUCGGGUCUCGCGAGGUCUCGCGCCGGCCAUCGAUGGCUCAUGCGCCACGACGACGGCCAGGAAAGCGGGGGCGGCAAAGAUGCAGACGCAGACAGACGCAGGCGCAGACGCAGACGCGAACCGCGCGGCGACCCACCUCUCAUCCAUACCCCACAGUGCCCUGCCCACGAAAUAUGCAGACCCGCGCCGACCGCCUCCCCAUUCCGCGCCCAUUGGCCCAGCCCAGCCCAGCCCAGCCCAACAACCCACGGCCGCGGGCGCGAACCCAGCGCGCGCGUCUUUGUCUCCCGCCCGAGGGCUUCGAUUCGGCGAGAUGCCAUCGGGGCCCCUAAUAAAUCCAUUCCACUCAAUAUUUGAGCACCGCCACCAACCCCGCCAGUCCUCAUCGGUGCUCUCUGUCUCAGCGCACGCGGCGGCGCACGGCGGUGCAGGCCAGACGGGUCGCACGCGCCGCGACGCGUCAAGCGGCACGGGGCCGAGGCGGUCGCCACCACGUGGCCGCGUGCCCGAUCUCGUCCUCCUCCCUCGCAGCUUCCUUGCAGCUUCCGCUUCCUCAAUUACGCGUCCGCAGGCAGGUGCCCCGCGACGGCGCGCGCGACGGAUCGAGAUCGGGAUGACGUUCGGUGUCAGUAACUUGUCGGCACUGUGCAGAGCGGCAGACGGCGCGCGCCCGGAGCCGACGCGCGGACCUCGCGACUCUAAUUACUGA